CCAAUGCCUGCAUGGAAUUGACUGACCCUCUGUGCCGGCGGCGUGCGUGCCACGGCCAUACCCCGCGAAGGGCAGAAGACGAGCGAGCUGCUGUCUGCUGAUUUCUCAAUCUCAAUCUAUCUCUCCAUAUCAAACUCAUUCCACAAUGCCUGUGAAUCAGAAAUUUCAAGGAGGGAAAGCCUUUGGAUUAUUAAAAGCUCAACAAAGGGAGAGAUGCGAGGAAAUAAACAAGGAAUACAUGGAAGACCAGAAAUACCGGGAUGAGGAGGACCUCCCGGAAAAACUGGACUCUUUUAAAAACAAAUAUGCAGAGUUUGACCUGAACGACCAGGGAGAGAUUGAUAUGAUGGGUCUGAAGAGGAUGAUGGAGAAGCUGGGUGUUCCUAAGACCCACCUGGAAAUGAAGAAAAUGAUCUCUGAGGUGACCGAAGGCAUCAGCGACAGCAUCAACUACAGAGACUUUGUCAAGAUGAUGCUGGGCAAGCGCUCGGCCGUUCUCAAACUGGUGAUGAUCUUCGAGGACAAGGCUAAUGGAGCCAUCUGUAAGCCUGAUGGGCCUCCACCCAAACGGGACAUAGCCAGCCUGCCAUAGACCCUGGACAUCCAGAACCUCUAGACUAUAUCACCAUUCUAAGCCCCUACCAGGGCCCCUGCCCUCAGCCAGGGACGUGUACAUAGCCUUAUCAACUCCCCACCUCAGGACGCGCAAGCGUUCAAAACAUGUGGGGGGAAAAGAGAAUGAACAAUCUCUAUAUAUAUUUGCUGUGAAGAUGUUAAGGCAGAUUUAGCUUUUUUAUGACCAGUACGUACAUGUAUAUAUCUAUAUCGAUGAUGACGACGGUGAGAAAAUAAGUAUUUUUAAUUAGUGUGAACUCUCGUAACCCCUUGGCGAUAACCGUGUAAUUGAGUCGUUUUGUGAAUGAGCAAACUGUUGUUGUUUGCUGGGAUCAAACUAACAGAGGUGACCAUUUUGUGAUAUCCUCAGUAUGUAUGUGCAAGUGUAAUGUGUUAAUGCGAAGAUUGUGUGUCAACAACUCAUCCUUUAUGAAGCGGUCUGUGUGUGUGGAUACUAGUGAAUUUAUCAGUGGUCCUGUUUUAUCAUGAUUUUGAUGUAGUAUUAACCGUUUUACAGAUGUAAUCAAUUCAGUAUAGUUGUAGUCAGUGAUGCAGUGGAGGGUAAACGCAAGUAAACGCAGUUUAUACACCUUUUGCAGAAAAAUACAUUGAAAGUAUAGGAUGCAUUACUUUUUUCACUGCGACCGGCAGAGUUUACACACCUAUUUUUUUUACUGGUUGUAGUGUUAGAGGUUUCUAAGGGAAAAUUGCUUGUUAGCUGUGAACAGUUAUUAGGGAAACUAACCCAAAUCAUUCACAUCUUCUUUUCCACCCCUCCCUCUCUCCCUCAUUUUACUCCCCCCACCCCCACCAAAUGUUCUAGUUCCUCUUUUAGAUUUGAUAUUUUUAAUCGUGUGAAAGUACCAUGCUGGUUAUGAAGCACAAUGAAUAAAAAGAGCACCGUUUUUGGAACACCUUUUAUACAGUUGUCAACAUCAUCCCACAUGAUGGAUUAUUGCCAUGCUGCAGACACCGCUUGGUCAUCGUCUCACUGUAUAUCAGGUGUGACAGAUUAUGGCCCAACCCCAUUCUUCCAGACUAGAGGUGGGUUACUGUAGUUGGGAUUAGGAUUAGGAAGGGGGUCUGGGGGGCAUUAGGUUAAGGGUAUGACUAGAUCCGGUGUUGUAGAUCGACACCGGCUUCCUCAACCUAAAGGAGCGGGGUGAAUGGGGUUGGUGGAGUCUCAUGAGUAGCACUUCACGUGGAUUUAUGAAAGAUUGGUUUUAAGGCACAGGCACGCACUGAAGAUUCUCAGCAUGUUAUUAUAAAUUAUGAUGAAAUCACAUUCUUUCCAAGUGCCUAAAGUAAUGUGGAUAGAAGUCAGAGAAGAGUAGAGGGGGUUAGGGAUUCCUUUUUUGGUAAUGUUCCCCUAGGUCUAGGCUGUCUCAGAUACUGCUUUGAAUGACUGGAUCUCCGAAUACAUAUACAGUACAUCUAUGAAGUGAUGUUAGAUAUGCAGUUCAAUCAUGCCAGUAUCCCAAAUGUCCCCGUUUGUCUAUCCUAGUCUCCAUAGUGCUACUCUUUUCUAUCUUGUCUGUGUAAAAUGUUAUGAACCUGUCCCAUUUCAAAUUGUGUUAUCUCCAUCUUGCCAUGUUUUACUUUAAUCUUGUUAUUUUCUCGUCUCAUUCUGUUCUUCCUCAUCUUCUUACUACUUUGUUAUUCCCCCUAUCAGUCCGGGUUAAUUUGUUCGUCCCAUAAAUUCUCCAAUUUGUUAUGUGCCUCAGUGUUGCUCUUCUAUUAUUUUUUAUUUUCUCUAACUCACGCUUAACAUGGAAUAUAAUAGUAACUGUAGUAGUUUAAUAUAUUAGCUUUGCAUGUUUUUUAAUACGGCAGCUAUGUACUUUUAUUCCCAGUAUGUUGUGUAGUGGAGGUCUUUUUAGUGUUAUUUUCAUAUGACCACCAAUAUUAUACACAUUUUUGUUUAGUUUUUUUCGCCAACACCAAAGCAAUAAAGGUAUUUCUGUUACACUGG